GUAGCGAGAUAAAGCCAGACAUUGGUCCCCCAAUUAACGGGCAGUAGUGAAUAGCCGAAGCCGUAAUAGGCGCCAAGAUAAACUUUUUUAGAAACGUCUACAUUCCGCAACCUCACUCUCUUUUCUCGCUUUCCCUUCUCCUCAAAAUGAAGUCCUCCUCCCGCAGCCACCGUUUCUUUUCUUCCACCGCCACCGCCACCACAACUGUUGUUUAUAGUAAUAAGAAUGACAGCUCUGAGCCUGGCUCCAAAACUACCGGAAUCCCUAUCGCCCCCUCCCAGCCCACUUCGCAACCUAUCCCGAUUACUGUUCACCUCCCUCCUCAUCCCCAAUCCUCCGCCGCUGUUAAGAUACAGGCGGCCUUCAGAUCUCACGUGGUCCGCGCUCUCGUCAGGAAGAUCUCCGCCGUCAAUUCGGAAGCCAAUCACUGGCAGAAACUCAUCCAACGCCAGGAGACGGUUGAUGCUGUGCGUAGCAGUGCACUGGAGAAGAUGAAGAUCAAUGAGGCAUUAAUGAGACUGUUAUUUAGGCUGGAUGCAGUGCCUGGACUCGAUCCUAAUGUGAGAGAGCUGAGGAGGGAUGUGAGUCGCAAGAUUGUGGGGUUGCAGGAGAUACUCGAUGCGGUUUCAGAUAGUCGAGUUGAGCAAUGGGACGGACAUUUGAGGGAUUGGGAUGAUAUUGUUGCAGGGCUUGAACAGGAGGCUUGCAAAGAUGUAGGAGGUGGCCAUGAAAUGGAGAGGUUCUGUGCGGAGAAUUUGGGCUUCCAGUGCCUUCAAAGAUUUCUCCGCGACCAAUAACCUUAAUUAGGAAAGAACCAGCCACAAAUAUGGGGAACGAUUAAAUGGAUAGCAAACAUACCUUGAGGCAUCAUCUGCUCACAUUUAAUCGUGUUUCAUUUUAUGUUACUCCAUGUUAUGGUCAGGGAGUGUAGUAAUAAAGUGAUGUAAGAUUUAAAUGCUAUAGCAUAAAGAGACUACAUGUGCCAAGAUACAGGUCUGGCAAAGUCACUUGGUUGUCAAGCUUGCAUCUAAUGGAUUGCUGUUUAUUUAUUACUACCAGUAUUUGUUUCCUUUU